AUGUCAUACUGUCGAUAUCACCCUUCCAAAGGGUAUUGGUGGCACUUCAAAGAUCACGAAGAGCAAGAUAAAGUCAAACCUAACGUCAAAAGGAAAGAAGAACCAAGCCCCAUUUUCCAGAGACAGCGUGUGGAUGCUUUACUCCUAGAUCUUAGACAAAAAUUUCCACCCAAAUUUGUGCAGCAAAAGUCUGGAGAAAAGCCUGUCCCAGUGGAUCAGACAAAGAAAGAGGCAGAACCUCUACCAGAGACUGUAAAAUCUGAGGAGAAGGAGACCGCAAAGAAUGUGCAACAGACAGUGGGCUCUAAAGGCCCACCUGAAAAACGAAUGAGACGUCAGUGA